CUUCAUAUAUAUACACAUGUACGUAUAGGAGACGCUUUUCCAUAGUCCUUUGUUCGCUGUAGCUGUAAGUAAGAGUGUUGGUGGCUGCAGCACUAAUGACUUGAAAGAAACUUGCAGAGACCCAGAGACCAGAGACCGCCAGAUCUUCAUUUGAGUGCGACUUCUAAUGGUGACGUAAUAAGUUUUACUUGGAAGACAAGUGUUUAAUAUUUGAAAAUUUAAUUUAAUUAUUAUUGACACAAUGAGUCAUCAGCAAGAAAUUAAAGACGUGAGUACAGUGAUAACAUCAAUUUUGGCAUCGAAAAAACCUCCUUAUGGAAUUCCUCUGGUCAAACUUGAUCAGGAUUACUACGAGUUUGAAAACCAACGCAUUCCGUAUCGUCAGUUAGGUUUUUCUUCACUAGUGGACUUUAUCAAAACCAUACCAGAGGUGGAAAUUUACCCACGUGGUACCAGCCAUUUUAUAGACUUCAAUGGCAAGAAUUCAACUCGACACAUAACUGAUCUGGUUGCUAAACAAAAGAAGCCUUCGUUCAAAAACCGAAGUCGGUCAGUGUGUACACGAAAAACCGCGCCAGCGAUGUACCGUCCACGUGAAUCUUCAUCCUCAUCAUCAUCAAUUGAUCCAAAAGUAACCAGUCAUAUUUCUUCUAUUAUUUAUGAUCAUCCUAGUGGAAUAAUGCAGUCAGAAUUAAUUGAAAAAUUGUUAUACAAGCGGCCAUAUUUAAAUUUAAAUACGUUUCAGUGUAAUGAGCAUCUAAGAAUUCUUGAUCGUGAAGUUGUGAUUAAAGAUAAUUUGAUUUAUCCAAAAAAUUCGUCAUCCAUUCCACGUGAUUCGUCAUCAUUUGCUGAAAGAUCCAGCAGAUCUAAAUCAGUACCACCUAAGAGACAUUUUAAUAACAAUAAUAAUAAUAAUAAUAAUAAUAGUAAUAAUAAUAAUAAUGGGCAGUGUUAUGAUAAAAAAUAUGAAGAUACCAACGGCAAGUACUGUGACAAAAGUUACGAUAAUAAUUAUCAGUAUGUAGAAAAUAAUUACAGUAAUACUAAUGGCAAUUACAUGCAUAAUAAUUACCAAGAUAAUUACGGCAAUGCUGGUAAUGAUAAGAAUCAAAAUAGUUAUCAAAGUAGUGUGUUAGCAAAUAAUUUUAAAGUCGGUGGUAUUGAUUCCGAUGAUAAUUACGAGGUUGAUGAUAUUGAUUUGGAUGAAGGUGACUACGUGACUCCUAGUGCGCCGAGUGCGAAUGGAAUACAAAAAUCUGGUGACUCUGUAUAUAAUGAUAAAUAUGAAGUGAAAGACAUGAAAAAUAGAGACACUUAUCAGAAUGGUAGAAGUGUUGAGCAGGUACAAAGUUACGGUAACCUGACAAAGCACGAAAAUAAGAAGAAAGUUAAUUUUGAAGCAGAUCGUCAGCUGGAAUUCAUCAAUGCUACUGAUGUUCCUGGCGUUGGUGAUGAGGUGGACAAAAAAGAAGCUCUUUUUAAUAGGAAUAAAGAAUAUAUUGCAGAGUCACUGUCCAAGCGCACAAUGCUGCGGUUGGAGAAACUUUUGGAGAACAACCCGAAUGGUAUUUGGUGUUUUGAUUUGCCGAAGUUGUACAGAGAAGAUUAUCAACUGACGCUGGAAUGGGAAGACUUUGGUUUCCAACGUCUCUCUGACUUUGUAUCGCACUUGCCGAAGAUAUUUCAUAUGGUGGGGCCAUAUCGCAACGGAGAUUACCGUCUGUUUGAUGCUAAAAAACCGCUACCUGAUGACAAUUUUCAGAGCCAUCAGAAACCAACGAUGGCUUCGCUUUAUGACAUCUACGGCGAUAAUGAUAAUGAUGACUCGUUGCCGCAGUACAUUUCGCCUGAUAUCAAACAGACGCUCUGUCCUGAUGAUGUCCUGGCCGUCAAUGAAACUGUCGGCUAUAUAUCUGUCACGAGAUUUGAACCAGAAAUAGACGCUAAUGGAGAGAAAAUAAUGAAAAGUAUUGGUGUUUAUGUCGUUGAGGCUUUUAAUCCUUCGUUUUUCUGGGUACAAAUUAGUAAAUACAAGCGUAAAUUUGACGAAAUGAUGGAAGAUUUGGAGAAAUUUUAUGAUGCAAACAGCGCGAAAUACAAAAUUCCUUUGAUUAUUCUUGAAAAAGGACUAAAUAUUGCGUGCAAAUUUUUUGGGAAAUGGCAUCGUGGGAUGAUUAAAAGUAUUACGCCAUCAAAUUCACGAGUUAGUGUGAUGUUUUAUGACUACGGAACUUUGAAAUCAUAUCGUCCUGAAGAAGUUUUUUUUUUACACCGGCGCUUUGGAGUCCUGGAUGCCCAAGCCAUUCCAUGUGGUUUGUGUUUCAUAAAACCAAGAAAACGUGAAUCUGAUUCUCAUGACGAGCCAAGUAAUGAAUGGUCUAAGGAAGCACGUACUCAAUUUCUUCACAUGGCAUUUAAAUGUGAAAUGUGGGCGACUAUAUUCAAAGUUGAUGUUGAUAAUAAUUCCAUGCUAAUUGGUUUGACUGACACAUCAGGAGACGAAGAUCUUCACAUCGCAGAUUACUUAUUACAUCAAAAAUUCGCCGAGAGAUCUAAAACGGUUCGUAUUACUACCAGAAACUUUCAUUACACCCAUUCUAAAAUAUCUUCUAUAGAAUGGAAGCAAAAGUCUAUGAACAGCUUACUAGGUAAUGCUCGCUUAACUAAAAUGAAUCAUUCUAAAUCUAGUAAUAAAUUUUUGCCCGCUAUUCAGAAAGCCAAUCAAACUUCUUUGCAAAAUUCAAAUAAUAAAAACAAUAAUUACCCGCAGCGUCAAGGCGAAACUCUAUCGCCCUCAAUGUUACGUGAAAUUGCUAAAUCUAAAGUCAAAAAUUCAAAGCCAGUGGAAUUGCCACCACCUCCAAUAGUUUUAAAUUACGCGCCAACACCCACUAUUAAUUUACUACCUCUAGGUUCAUCUCAUGAUAAAGUUAAUUUGUGGUUUGAGUUGAAUAAUGAAUUGAAUGAAAAUUCAAAUGCUGGAGAUUAUGAUAGACAGGGCGACCAAAGUUUCGAAGCAUCCAAACUUAAAAAAGUCCCAAAGUCUGAUAAUUUUAAGGAAUCAAAACUUCAGCGUGUGCCGGAGGCAUUCAAACUCGAAGAUAUUUUUAAGAUGUCAGAACAUCGAAUUACUUCUAAGACACUUGAGUCACACCAUGAUCCUGAGACUUCUAAAGCUCAGUGUAUUUCUGGUUCAUCUAAAAAUCUUUCUUUGCCUAAAGUGUCAUCAAGUGAAGAUCAUAAAUCAGUUGGUUCUAGGAGAUUAUCAAACUUAAUUAACGUUCUUGAUAAAAAUGAAAAAGCUCCAGGGUCUGGAACUUUCAGCAGUCCAUUGAGAGGGCGAAGAAAGGAAGAGCCUGUUGAUAAAAAAAAUGUUAGACACUUUAAUAAAAAUGAUAAUGAUUAUUCAGCAUCAUCUAAAUGUCUGACAAGUUCUGAUGAAAGUUCAAAUAAAAAUCGUACAUCGACUCUUUCUAAUCAUGGAGUAUCUAAAUUAUUAACCGCUUUUGGUGAUGAUGAUGAUGAUGAUGAUAAAGAUCAAGUUCCAGAAUCUGGUACCUUUGGCAGCCCAUUGGGAGGCCAUGGACGUGAAGAACCCAUUGACUGGAACGCGGUCAGGCAAAUGGUGAAUAAAGAUGAGGUUAAAGUUCAAGCAAAGUCUGAGCCGGUAAAAGAAGAAAUUUUACCCGCAGGUGCGAACCGUAAAAGUCAACCUGUAAUAAAUAAAUCGUAUUUAAAUGACAAAGCGCACAAAUAUUUUGAUAACUUCUAUGAGUCUUGUGUUGCUUCUAAAUUUACAAAUGGAAAUCCAACAUUGUCAUGGGAAAGUGAAGACGAGAUAAAAUAUACUGGGGUAAUUACUCCGAUGGUGCGACAAACUCUGAAUACAAUUAACAAGAAUUCUGAUUCUGUUAAAGUAACUGUGCCAGUUAAUUUGCGGCGAUUAAUUGAAAAGUCAUCUAACAGCAGCUCUGAGGAAACGUCUUCCGAUAACAAAAACAGCGGGUGGAAUUCACCUUCUGAUAGACGAAUUUCUCAGCCAUUUAAAAUUAAUGACAUUGAUAAUAAAAGCGACAGUGACUCUCGGUCAUCUGAUUUUACAAAUCAAGUUCAGACAAUUCAUAAAGUAUUAAAGGCGCGUCAUUUGAACAAAGUUAAUAAAAUUAGUGAAGAUGAUAAAUUAAAAGAUGAUGAUAACGAUAAUAAUAAAGAAAUAAAUGACGUGUCUGUUGAAUGUCAACCAGAGGAAAAGAAGAAAGUAUUAAUUGAAGAGCUGCCGACUCCAAAAUCUUCUCCAAAAUCUCACAUUGAUCAGAAGAAAAAUGUAAACUCUAUUUAUUAUGCAUCUGCGAGAAUUAGUUUGUGUAAAAAAAUAAAUCGUCUGCAAGAUGGGGAAUCUUCUGAUUUGGAUGACGUCGAUCUUGAUUCUGAUGAUUCUUCAUUUUAUGAAGAAGCUAAUGAAGAAAGAAAAACUUCGGUUAGUGACAAUGAUGACUAUGAAGAAAUAGAUGACAAAAUUGAUAGAGAUGAAGAAAAAUUGAAUGGGAAAUUAGACUCGGAUGAAAAUAGUGCGCAUGAUAAGAACAAUAACUUGGAUAAAAAUGAUACUGAUAAUGAUAACCAGGAUGUAGAUGAAGGUACAGGCCCAUCAGCUGAAAGUGAACUAAAAAUUUGUCCAAGUCCUCCAGUUCCACGAUUUAAUGACGCCGAUGUGGAUUCAAAUGAUAGCGAAUUGGGUUAUCACCUGCCGUUAGAUUUUCUUGCGCAUUUUUUCGGUGUCAAAUUACCUCCCCAAGCAGGUAUCGCAAAUUCGUCAGCAUGCACUGAUACUGACACUGAUGGUAGAUCUGAAGAUGAGGGUGUUCAAAUCGAUGAAAUAAAUUGUGAUGAUGAGAAACCACAUUUGAGUGAAAGUAGUUUAGAUAUUUCUAGUGCUCGUGCUAAUCAAUCAGCUUCCUCUCAAGUUGAAACAGAUUCUGAAUCUCCACAAAUUGACCUAAGAGCUGGUAAUAAAAAACAAUUUGCCAAAGUUUCAAAUCAAUUGGAACCAAAGAAGAAAUUUGAAUUUAAAAAAGAUGAUGAAGAAACAACAGUACAAUCUAUUCCAGCUGAAAGUGACUUUCGUGAUACUGAUGAGGAAAAAAUAAAAAAAACUCAAGGAUACAAAUUGAAAUGCUCAUUAGUAAAUGAAGUUAAAAAAUCCGGUCUUCUUGAGUCUCCAAAAUUUGUCAAAAAUCGCGCAUUGAAUUUUAACGCUGAUGAAUUUUUGGAUGUCAAUUAAUUAUCAAUUUGACGUUUCAAUAAAUUAACAUUCUUUUUUUAUUUUUCAUUUAAAUAACAAAGAUUUUUUUUUUAUACACAAGUUCAAGUGACGUAAUUGCAAUUAAAAUAUUUUUUGUUUCUUUUUCUUUUCUUUAAUUUGAUGACUAAUUAAUUUUUUUGAUUUUCAUGCUUUGAUUCAUUAAAGUUGAGCGAGUAUAGAAAUAACUUUUGUUUAUUAUUUUAAGAAGAUAACACUAAUUUGUGAAGCUAAAAAAUAACUGAGGCUGUUUAAAAAAAAUUAAUUAAUUAAUUAAUAAGUAAAUGAACUUCCAUUCU